AUGAGGAUUUGCAACCAGCAGCUGAAGCUGCAGAGACCUGAGCAGUCUGCUAUAUCGACAACUGAUGACGUCUGCCCCGCUCGCUCCGCUCCAAGUCAACAGUACCGCGCCGAGUCACUCGCCAGUGUUGCCCGCCUUUCACCGUGCGCCAUCCACCCCGCGCACGCUGGCCGGCCCGCUCGCCCGGUGACGCGCUGCCCCGUGCUGCUCACCACGCUGUGCGCCCUCCACCUCGCGCCAGCUCCCAGCACACUGCUGCACCUGACUUGCCGUCACUCCUCUGCUAAUGCCUGUACUGACCCUCCCCCCGCUGUCUCUGACCCUGACCCCGGCCCCGCAAUUCCUACCCCUGCUGCCUCUGGCCCUGGCGGCCCCGCUGACUCUGACUCUGGUCCCGGCUCCGGCCCUCCCCCCGCUGACUCUGACUCUCGCCCUGGCGGCCCUGCUCACUCUGACUCUGGCGGCCCCGCUGACUCUAACUCCGGCUCUACCGGCCCUCCCUCCGCUGGCUCUAACUCUGGCCCCGGCCCUAUCGGCUCUGCUGCUCCUGGCUGUGACCGUGGCCCCGGUUGCUCCGCUGCUCCUGACUCCGGCGCUGGCCGUGACGUCCAGCAUAAGCGUGCCCGCUGCUCCUCCUCCUCGUCCGCUGCCUCCUCGACUGAGGGCUUGCCUCCUGACGAGCCCGCCGACCCCUCUGCCGCUCGGGCGUGUAAGUCGCGGUGGGUUCACGAGCAAAUGGAGGACUCUGACUCGGAGUCGGGCUUGAUGUCUUCGUCCGAGUCAGAGAUUAUCGUGGAUGACCUCGACGAGGAGGCUGCUCCUACCCCCCCUGGGCAGUCCCCCACCGACAACCCUACGGGUGAUGACGGCUGGCAGACGGCGGGCCCCAAGAGACAGCGUCGCUCCUCCCCGGCUGCUUCUGCCUUGUCCGCCGGCGCUUCCCCCUCGCUGCCCCCUCGGCUCCCCUCUCGCUCCCAGUCACCUCUGCCCCCGCCACCUCGGGCUACGAAGGCCCCUGCUGCUGCUCAACCUGCUUCGCUGCCGAAGCUGCUGAUUCCGGCGACUAUCGGGUUCGAAACAACCCUCGACCUCGCCGAGGCACUGGAGCGGCAGCUGAGCCAACGCCUCUCGCUCAAGUUCCUGGAGUCGGGGUGUGUGUUAAUCACACCUGCAGACCGUGCCCAACACGACACCCUGCUCGCGCCGCUGUUGGGCCACCCCCGCGUGUUGGAGGCAGAGCGCUACACUACCCGGGACGGACCGACGCGCCAGGUCUAUGUCACCGUCGCGGGGCCGCUGCCGGGCUCGCUGGACCUGGGGAGCUGGGGGACCUUCUACACGCGCCCCUACAGCAAGGAGCCCCUCAGGUGCUACAAUUGCCAACAGUUCGGCCAAUACCUGGCCAGGUGCAGCCGCCCCCCGGUCUGCGGCAUAUGCUCUGCCAGGCACGACAUGGAGCGGUGCCUGACGAAGUACAAAGCUGGCCAGGCUAUCACCAGCAGGUGCCCGAAUUGCCAGGAAGAACACCAUGCCUGGAAUCGGGCCUGCGCCAACAGGCGGGAGCUGGUCGACAAACAGCGCACUGUCCAACAGCGCUGGGUCGUCACUCACCGCCCUGCUCCUCUCGGCACCUUCCGCUGGGGCGACCAGCAGCCUCACGCGUCCACGGCUGCUCCAACGCCCCGCCUCCCCCAGACUGCCCAUCCGUCAUCUCUUGCACCCUCUCCACCAGCUCCGUUCGAGGAGAGCUUCCCUCCUCUUGCUCCCAGCCAUCUGCCCAGCACGCCUCUCCCCAAGCGCCCAGCGCACCGCCCCGCGCUCCCGCUCGCCACCCUCUGCCCGCCAGCCGCCAGCCCCGCCCCCUCACCACAGCGGCUCCCACUGCCGCCCCUCCUGGCUCGGACCGUCAUCAACCCCACCCACGCCGCCCCCUUGUGCUCUGAAGACCCCCCCUCCGCCGCCUCCCGCCCUCGUGCGCGCGAACAGCUCCGCGCCCCUACCGACCCCCCCCCCCCGCCCGUUGCAACCAGCCAGCACUCUCCGUUGGUGGCACCGCCCACUGCUCCCACCUCCCUGAACGCGGGCGGGCUGCCGACCCGGCCGGUGGUGGACCGGGACCCGCGCUCCAGGAAGCUGUCCAUGUAG